ACUUGGUCAGAAUACAGCGAAUGGAACGAAAUGCUUUUUUCACUAUUUCUUGAUGUACAGCACAGCACACAAAUAACUGGAACACUUGGCGGUUGGAAAAUAUUUUUUCAACUGAUUUUUGCACAGCAUCUCAAACGCACCCGAGUGGCUGCACGGCUGGAAAGGUUCUGUGGAGUUCUGUUCUGUGAAUGCCCCGAAGCGGCUCGAAUCGCUCUUACUCUCUCCCAAUCUCUCGCACACAACCACACGCAAGCACAUGCGCGCGUGUGUGCGUGAGCGGACUUGCGGUGGAUGCAAAAGCGGUACCACACCAUAUCACCGUAUGCUUUCCAUCUCGUUUCUGCUCCCGGACGGCAGCUCAUUUUGGAGCCGUCAUAAGCGCACGCGUUUAGCGGUGGGGAGUCACUCGCCGUCACUCACACUUGACUCUGUGCAGCAAAGCCGCGGUACGGUUGCAGUUAUCGAGCGGAGCGCGAACGAUCUGGAUUUGGUGAAUUCAAGUGGGAAGCGUGGAAUCGUAGUGUGUGUGUAUGUUUCAUUCUACGUGUGUGAAAUUUGGAGAAAAUCUCAGCACGGGGCUGAUGUAACGGCUCUUUCUGGUGCCCACCCGGUGUCCGUAAAACACAACUGCUUAGGAGCUUUAGUUUAAGGUAAAGGAGGAGGAUACAGGGUUUUGCGACUCCCCUUAACGCCCGGGUUUGCGGUCCAACGUGACUCAAUGUCCUACGGCGGCGGCAUGAUGCUGCAACUGCGCUGACGCUUUCGAUACGCAUGAUUGCGGAUGAGUCAUAUCAAAUGUGGCAGCAGGCUCACCCACAAAACCCGGCAAACGCCAGCAGGAGCAGUGUGAAGUGUAGUUUUGGCACCGAUUGCCUAAAAUCACUGCGCAGCGCAAUGAUAGUGCGGCGAUAGUGUUGGUGACGAUUUGCAGCCAACGCAAUCUUGCAUGCUUUCUCACUCCACCCGAUUCGACUUCGGCGAUUCGACGAGGAAAGCAAGAUGUUUUUUUGAUCCUUGUGAAUCUGUUCUAUGCUCCUCUAGCGUGUAUUUAUGCAUGUGUGUGUGUGUGUGUGUGAGAGAGAGAGAGAGACGUGUGUGGCGUUGCAUGUGGCGAAGAAAUUCUUGCCAAAUUCCAGAGCGGGGAAGGUCAAAAUGUAGUGUGGUGCAAAACAAGAUUCCUCAACCGUAUGCGCGUUGUGUUCUGGAGUUUUUUUAUUGCGUUUUUACUGACGUCCCCCCUCUCCUCCCCACCACCCAUUCUUUUUUUUUACUUCCAGAACAACUUACAUCGUGUUCCCACUCGUCUAGAAUUUUGCAGCAUCGAGGCAUCGCAGGCAGAACCUACGAUACACCGCUACGCACGCACGAACAUUCUAGCUAACAGAACAGGAGAAAUGGAGUCACCAUUGGGACAGGAUGAAUUAGCAAAACAGCGCUUGCGGGUGGUGUGCUACAUCCAGCGGCUGCGCUGCAUGAUUGGCGCGGUGCAGUCCGGUACGCUGGGCAAAAAUUUUACCGACCGCACCGGGGCGCUGCGCGACCAGGCCUUCAAGGUAACCACCGUGGCCGAGCUGGACGACAUACUGAAACAAAUCUUCCAGCUGCAGAAGGAGGUGCUGAAAAUAGUAUCGAGCCAGUACGAGACCGACCAGCCGAUGCUGUGGGAGCAGCAGGAGGAGUGAGCGAGAACGCAGCGGUAAGCAAUCCAAAUGGUGCCACUGGAUCUUCUUUUCAGGGGGGGGGGGGGCAUUUACCACAUACCAAAUGUUUUUUUUUUUACUGCAGUUUCAGCUGAAAGUUCAGUAAUCGUUUCAGUUAAAGCAUAUUUACUGAACCAUUCAGUAAACUUGGAUGCUGACCAACAUGAAAACUUGUUUACUGAAAUCACAGUAAAGCCAUUCGGAUAUUAGUGUUUGUUCAGUAAUUAGUGGCGAUUAAAAAAGGACGAAAACUCAUUCAAACUAAGGUUUAUAUUGAUGCGCAGAAAGGCAGUCCGUUCAGCUUAUGUCCAUUCAUGUUUCAUAGUGUUUGAUACAGUUUUAAACUGUAUUAUGCCGCAAGCCGAAAUCUCACCUGACAUUUUAUCGCGGUGCAUGCAAGCGCCUACACCAAAUCAAUCUUUUUUGUUCAUCACGAGCAAGUGGAAAUCGCGCUGUUUUGGUUUGAUGUUCUGAUUGACAGGGGCGAUUUGACCGAAUGAAUUGCUGCAUUUUCAGUCAUUUGUUUUACUGAUAGCCAGUAAAACGGCCAAUUUGACAUUGGUAUUUUCUGAUUUUCAGUAAAAUUUACAUUACUGAAAUGCAUCCAGUAAAUUAGUUUUAAUCGAAAAUCAGCUAAAAUUAAGCAAAACUGAAGAAAACUUAGGAAUGUAGCUGUGCAGGAAGCUGGUAAACCGGGGAAAAUCUUUCACUGUUCACUUGUUGUAAGCGUGUGCAAAUUGAGUGCAUUGCGAUGAGUCACUGCCUGGUGUCUUUCUUACACGGAUGCCCCGGUUGCGUCUUCGAGUCGCUCGGGGGUUAUUUAUGGUUUUUAGCCCACAACGACGAUUGGACGGGUUUGCGGUGCAGCGAGAAGCAAUAUUGGAUUUAAUUUCAAUGGUACCCGCAUUAUCGGCGCACACCCUUUUAUGUGUGUUCGGCUUAUUGUAUGGAGAGUUUGACAGUACGGUUCCGCUAAAUGAGCACUGUACCCUGUCACAUGCUAAUAUUACAGUUUGGAUUUGUAUUCAAAAUAUAAUUUAUUCAAUUAGCAGAAACACUGUAAAACGCUUUCCACAGCUUUAAUCGGGCGGAAGGCAAGAAAAAAACGGUCUCCGUUUGAGUCCGGUAAUGUAAAUGUCCUUCAUUCAGUUAGUUAUAUCAAACCAGAGACAAAUCGAGUUGUCCAACACGGAUCAUGAUAGAAAAUCAGCAUUUUUUGACACUUUUUCUCUAGCACUCGAGCCACAUAAUUGGCCCAUGGAGCGAUUGUAGGCCAGCCCGUGAUGUGUGGAGGCCAUGUCGAAAGAACACUGUCGAUACAGCCCGGUGGUGUUUCAACGCAACAGAAGAAAACGAACGUAUCUCGCGCACUUGCACAUCGCUUAUCGCUUCCGCCUUAUCAGCAAAGUGCUGGCGCUGGUUUCUGCAUUCAGCUUAAAACUGUCGCCCCCUUAAAAGGUGCCUUAAGGUCUUUUUUUUCUGCAAAAUGCAUUUUUUUGUUGUUGCUCCUAAUGGCACGUUCUUGCAGAGGUUCUCUCCAUUCUGUACCUCGGGGAUGUGCUGAUGUACUCAACACUCACACACACACACGCGAAGUGGCGUCUUUUUAUGGAAGCGCUGGGCGUAGAGGAAUAGUCGCCGGCCCUUUUCCACCCUGUUAAGGUGCCACUCUCAAGGCCCUAAAAUGGGCAAACCGCGCAACCCAACCGGGCCAGCGCCACCAUAUACGGGGAUCCCCGGUGUGCUUGGGUGGAUAUAUAAGGAAAUCCCCGUAUGCCUCUCUCUCUCUCUCUCUCUAACAGAUUGCUGAACCGGGCACCUGCAAUGAAAUGACAAAACUCCGGUUUCUUGCCAGUUUUUUUUUUGUUUUUGUUUGAUCCGUUAGUUCCGUGGUAAGCGAGCUUCAAAUGAGAAAACCAGCAGUUUCUCAAAUUAGGUUUGAUUGAAGAUGUAUCUGCCCAUGCUAUAUGGGAGACGGGGUGGGCGAUCGACGAUCAUUGAGAGUUCCCGGAAGUUGUGUCUCUUUUUUUUUUGCUUUUGCGAUGCGCGCUCAGACCAUUUAAAUUUCUGCACGAGAGAUCGCGAGAGGUUUCGUGAUGAGUAAAUAUUGCUCAUCCCCUGAAGAA